AUGACAGUGAUGGUCACUGCUUUUGCCAAUUGGACCCUCAAUGGCCGUCGCUUUAGCAAAAAUGCCUUGUCCGAAAGAGAAGGACUAGCAGGGAUAGGCCAAGGAACUAAACAGCUUCAAUCAACGGAAACAAAAAUGGACAGUUUUAGGAAACAUCUACUUGUUGUUAUUACUGGUAUUACGAUCAUUGUCUGUACCUUCAUGUGUUUCUGUUUUCUCCACCAUUAUUGUUUGGGCAAUGAUGCCCCGAAAGGAGACAUGACGAAGAAACAAGGUAGAGCAGCCAAAUCAUCCAGAUUAUCACCCAGUCAAUUCAAGAGUAUCAGUCCAAACAGUCCAGAAAAACAACCCAUGCUAUCCUGGGUAGACACGUUUUCGGUACCAUUAAGUCCAACAAAGUCAUCUUUACCAUCCAGUACAAAGAAGCUCCUCAGUUCAUCAGGGACAGUACAGUCUUCUCUACCAAGCAGUGCACAAAUGUUUUUCAGGCCAUCAAGUCCAGAAAAGUCAUCUCUCCCAUCCAAUAGAAUCUCAUCUAGGCUGUCAAGUCUAGAAACAGUAUUCAGGUCAUCCCGCCUAGAAAACCUAUCUAGAACAUCUAGCGUAGAAAAGACAUUUAAGGUAACCCAUACCCAUAAGCGAAUCCGUCAAAUCUAUGUGUCCUAUUCAUAUAAACCAAUGAGACCUUCUUGUCGGUCCCGCCCACAAAAGCAAAACUGGCCACCUGAAGCAUGUGCUCUACCCAGACUGGCCAAGCCAUCCAGACAUCCUCAUGCAAGAUGGUCUCAUGUUACAUAUAAGACUACCACGUUGUCUAGGUCUGUGCUACCCAAGACUUGUCGCUACUACAAGGAAAGAUGCCUUGUUUGCAAUACUUCUGAGCCUUUGCUCCAAGAAAUUUCUGAGAUGAAAAUUGACAUUGCUCAACCCUCAGUUUGUCCAAGUGAAGUGGAAUAUAUAUCCAGGUCCUUUCAUAAAAUGGAGUCCAUAGACAAUGCUUUAGGUAAUGAUGUGGGUAAGAGUGCUAUGGAGACAAAUCACAGUGAUGAUGACAGUGAUAAGGAAAUACUCCUUAUUUGUAAUGUUCCACGCUCUGGGAAAGAAGUGUUCCCUUCCCACUGGGUCCCUGAAUUCCCCACCAGUACUUCCCUUUCUUUUCUAGUGUGGGCUGCACCAGGAGCCCCUGGUUGUUCAGCCAAUAAUGGUGAAAUUUCUAAGGGGGCCGGCAUCCUUGACCAGAUUGCGAGCUCCCUGCUGGUAGGUCCCUUAGUAGAUCGGAUGUCUCCAGGCCCUAGCACAGGGCCUGGUGCAAGGAAAAUGCCCAGAAAAGGUGUGUGGAAUUGGAUCGAAACUGCAGGGGGGCAACAAGUGCCUGAGGUCCACCAGGGAAGCUACCGAGCUCUUUUGGCCUCCACUUUCAAUAGGGACAGGGCAUCGCGCUACGGCCCUGCAGCGUCGGCCACUUUCUCCUUUACCCCUCAGGGCACACCAUAG